GUGUGUAUACAAUUUCGUUCAGUCAGACGAUUCAAGAAAGAGGCUGGACUGAUUGGUUGCGCUUGAUUCUAGAGAUUAAGAAUAGACGAACGGCAUGUUAGAAAAUAGAAUGACAAGAGAACCUUGUCAAUUUGCUAAUUCUCACCGUUAAUUAGGCUUUAGCCCAGCAUCGAAUGCUCCAGUACAUGAAUACGUGUCGCACGCAGAAAGUACCCUACCUCCAAGUUGGAGCGACAGAUCUUAAACACCAGAAAAGACAUUUUGUUUUUUUUUAAACUCUAUGUCGAAAUAGUCUUUCGCGUUUGGAUUAUCAGUGUAAGUGUCCUCGAGAGAUUUUUUCAUUAUGAGAAGUUUUGUAUACCGAGACUUUUGCCCUAAUCGCGCCCAUGUUUAACAUCAUACAGAUUCAAGUUUAACCAUAAUCUAACCCCCCCCCCCCCCCCAGAAUACUGGUUCUGUCGCAAUGGGUGAUACUAGUAGCUCAUACACAUACCCAGAUUAUAGCAUCGAGCGUUACCUGGACGAAGAGGAAAUCCAUGAAGCUGUUUCGGCGGCCGGAAAGAAAGCUAAAACUCGCGGUCUCUGUAAGAGGUGCGAUCAUAUCGUGGGCUGGUUCUUCCUAGACCAAGAAGUAUUCAGAAGAACAUUUAGAGAAAUUUGGGGCGCCAAACUUCAACCUAUCUGCGAUCUCGAAGUCAACGAAUUUAAGCCUAGUUGCACGGUCUGCAAUUUUCUCCAUUCCAUCAGACCUAAAAAUGAGGAAAAUGAGGAUGAACGCUCUUUUAGGCUCGGAAGAUCAACUGUAGGACACAUAUUUGACUAUAUGCACGCCUACGACAAUGUACCUAUCUUUUACCUCGUGCCUGGUGAUUCAUUCAACUUUGGGCGUAGAAGAAUCAAGUCACCUACGAGCAACACUUUUAAUACUGUCUUCGGGUUUUCCAAUGCGGAUGCUUACAAAGAUGGAGUAGCCAUACGUCACCUCUCCUCAAACGCUGACUUAUCUCUCGUCCGAGGAUGGAUUCGGUUGUGCGACGAUAAUCAUACCAAUUCUGACUUUGAUUGCCUGCCGAAGGUCAUAGUUCCCCUUCAAGGUUUCACGGUGAUCGACUGUAAGGAUGGGAGAAACACUCUAGUGCCAGGUACCACCUCCAUGCAGUAUAUCACUCUGAGCUAUGUCUGGGGAACUGAAGUAUCAGACGUACCAGAUCGGAUUGGAAGAUUGCCGGCUACUCUUCCAAAUCUUAUAAAAGGUGUCAUCGAAGUUGUCAUGGCCUUGGGCUACAGGUACUUGUGGAUUGAUCGAUACUGUGUUCCUCAAACUGAUUCUGGCAUUAAAUCAUAUCUCCUUCAGAAUAUGGAUAAAAUCUAUUCACAAUCCAUUUUAACGAUAAUCGCCGCUACAAGCAAAUGUCCAAAUGAUGGUCUCGCUGGCAUCACCAGGCCUAGAAUGGUUGUGCAAGAGUCUCUGGAAAUAAAUUCCGUUCACUUGGUGCAGUGGGUCAGUAACAUCCAGUUUGAGAUUGAGAAUUCCGUGUGGAACACGCGCGGAUGGACUUAUCAAGAGGCGUUAUUGUCAAGGCGAAGGCUCGUGUUGACUGAAACACAGUGCUACUUUCAGUGCGAUGCAGGAGGUGAUUGGAGCGUUAGAGAAGGCAGUCGUAUGGAAAGCAUCGACCACGAUCUCACAACGAAAAGAGAAUUACCAUAUAAGAAUCGCAUUCCAAUCAUAUUUCCACCAAGGCCAAAACGUUUUAUCGACGAUGAAUUGAAGUCAUUUGAAAGCCGGGUAAGCAGUUAUGCCAAGAAACAGCUCUCCAAAAGCUCUGACGUCCUGCCUGCAUUUUUGGGCUUAUUGGGCAUGUUUGUUUCCGAAUGCUCAGCGUUUUAUGGUCACAUAUAUGGAGUGCCAAUUUUUGAGCCUAGCACUGAAUUCCUCUCUACUGAUACCAUAGGCACGCUAAUAACUGGUAUCACAUGGCACUUCGACACAGAGUUCAACACCCUUGAAGAUGUUACCGAGGCGGCUAUCCCAACAAGAAGACGGGCCUUACCCAGCUGGAAAUGGUGUGAUUGGAUACAUGCAUCACCGUCGCCGUAUUCGAUCAAAUGGGAAAAAAACAUUCUAAAUGUAGGGCUCAUGAGGAGAGAUAUAGUGUGUAAUACAAGGCUUAGCCUUGAGUUCGAGGACGGCACUAUACUUUCAUGGACUCAUGGAGACAAUGUUGCGGGUCUCACGCGGAAAGCUAUGGGGAUGGGCAAUGUACACUGUAUUCAUAUUGUUGGGUGGUUCACACAUCUCUCAAUUCCCGUCGACCUGAGUCCCGGGCGGAGCUGGCAAUUGUGGGGUCGGUAUGGAAUAGAGUCGGUGAAAAUGCAUUGGCUUCGGAGAUUAGCAAAAGAACAGGGGAUGAAUGUUUCGGGUAACAAGGAGUACGUCUUUAAGGCCUGGGUGUUUGCUCCGGUGAUAGAACCAUCUAUCAGCCCCAGGAAUUCUUGGAACGACGUUCACAUGAUGCUGCUCGGCGAAACUUCAGAUCCGGUCACUUUUGAACGGAUUGAAGUAUGUAAAGUCAGCAUGGAAUUGAAAGGGGGAGAGGAAGGGAAAGGAAGGAGCGUGAAGGAUAUUGCAGAAAUUUUUGGAUGGGAAAUGAAGGCUUUUAAACUUGCGUGAUCUUCUUGAUAGAUGCUGGGCUAGGAAUUACUGUAAACAUGCCGCUAUUACUACGUAUAAUGAACAUGUGAGUAUCUCUCA